UUUCUUCCUUUUGUGGGACAGCAGCAACAGCAUCCAGAUCCUUCUACUGCAGCUAUCUUUAUUUUUAUUGGAUGUAAUUAUGGCUUUUCUCCUCAAGAUCCUCACAGCUGUCACCCUCUGCAGCACCUUGCUUGUAUUAUUACCAUCCAGUAAAGCUGAAAUUUCAAUACGGAAACCAGUCCAGUCUGAAGAUGUGCUGCUUUCUUCCUUUCAUGAGAGUGUACACAUCGUCAACAAGGCUUACCAGCUCAAAAGAAAAAGACGAAGUGUGGCGGCGGCAUCACAAUCCCCCAUGCAGAUGUUUCGGCUUCUGAGGCAGCCCGCACCAGAGAGGGAAACCAUGGCGAUAUCAAAAGCAGCCCAAGUCUUUGAAACCACUUUACACCUCAUAAAGGCCAAGACGACGUUUGCACAUAAAAGAAGAGCCGCCGUCGCAGUGACAGAGUACCUCUCACUGGUUGAUGUGCAGCGGAUCGCUAACUGGUCUGGGUGUCCUGCCCUGCUCCGCCCUGAAGACUGCCCCCUAGGGGAGCACACCAACAAGUACCGCUCCAUUGAUGGAACAUGCAAUAACAGAAAUCACCCCCUGUGGGGCUCCGCCAACACUGCGUUGGCCAGAUGGCUCCCAGCCCAAUAUGAAGAUGGGGAGGGCCAGCCCAAGGGAUGGGAUGUGGGACGCCUCUACGCUGGCCACCCGCUCCCACAGGUGCGCAAAGUGAGCAGGAGCGUUAUGCAGGGGGGGUUUGGCAGUGUCCCUGGAGGAGCAGCAAGAGGAGCAGCAAGAGUAGGAGCAUCAGCAGCAGGAGCAGGAGCAGGAGCAGCAGCAGCAGCAGCAGGAGUAGGAGCAGGAGCAGGAGGGGGAGGGGGAGGAGCAGGAGCAGGAGCAGGAGCAGGAGGUGCUAUGCUGGAGGAUGAGGAGUACUCCCAGAUGCUGGUGGAGUGGGGCCAGUACAUAGACCAUGACAUCUCCUUCACCCCGCAAAGCCCCCCCAGCAUCCCUGGGCUACAUGACUGCCUGAGCUCCUGUGAGAGCAAAGAUCCCUGUUUCCCAAUCGAGAUCCCGCCUGAGGACCCGUGGUUUGGGAGCAAUAAAAAGGAACAUACAGAGAAGAGCUGUCUCCCUUUCUUCCGCUCCUCUCCCGCGUGCCCGAGCUUCAGCGGCAAACACACCGGAGGGGAUGAAGAGGAGGAGGAGGAAGAGUGUAGCAACAGCAAUACAGGCAGCAACGGCUGUCCUCAUCUCUGUGGCCGUGGUGACGACGGUGACCUCCUCCAGCAGCUGUUACAGAGGCAGCAGGGCAACGCGGUCACGUCCUUCCUGGACGCCUCCACGGUGUAUGGCCACAGCCCAGCCCUGCAGAGCCUGCUCAGGGAGACGCCUGAUCCAGACAGCCUUGAUGGCCAGGGCCUAUUGGCUGUCCAUCACAGGUUUUGUGACGGCACCGGCAGCUGCGGUGGGCGUUCCUUCCUGCCAUCUGUUAGUGACACACCGUCCGCCUGCCUGCAGGAACCUGGAGGUGGUGCAUGGGAUGAGGCUGGAGGAGGAGUGGAGGGUGUAGUAGAGGAUGGUGGCAGUGGCCAUGGUGGAGGACCAGGUGUACUGAAGAUGAAGAGGAAGAGGAGGGUGAGCGGAGGUGGCGGAGGUGGUGUGGAGAAUGAUGACAGCGGGCAAGGUGUAAUGAAGAGGAUGACGGGCAGUCGUGGAAGUGGUGGAGCUGGUGUGAUGGAGAGGAGGAUGGGUGGUGGUGUUGGUGGUGUGGAGGAUGUGAAGGAUGAUGAUGGCAGUGACCUUGGUAGAGGCUGUGAUGGAGAAGGUGUUGUGAAGGAGAAGAGGGGGGUGGAUAUUAUUAGUAGUGAAGAUAGCGGAGAGGAUGAGAAUGAGGAUGGUGGUCAUGUUGGCGAAGGCGUGAGGAAGAGGAGGAUGAGGAGGAGUGGUGAAGGUGUGGAGGAAGAGGAUGACACAAAUGGUCACAGAAGUGGAGAAAGAGGUGAUGAUGAACAUCGUGGUGUGCGUGAGGAUGACGAUGACAGCAAUGGAAGCAGCUGUAAUAGGGAGGCAGGUGUGCUGAAUAGGAGGAUGGGAGUUGUGGAGGAGGAAGGUGGUGGACAUGAAAGCUGUGGGGGUAUUGUUGAGGAAAGUGGAGGCAGUAAUGGAGAAGGUGUGGGGAGGACAACGAAGAGGCCCACCUGCGAUAAUGGAGAGCAUGACGACAGUGGAGCUGGUAGCACUAGAGAAAUCAGUGACUAUGGUGGAGGACUAAGGAGGAAAGAGAGGAGGAGUGAGGUGGAAAGAAGGAGAGAAGGAGAGGCAGGGGAGAGAAGGAGAGAAAUGGGAGGGUAUGACGACAGUGGAGCUGGGACAACUAGCGAAAGCAGUGACUAUGAUGGACAGCUAAAGAGGAGUGAGGAGGAAAGCAAUGAGGAGGUUGGUGGUGAUGGAGGAAUAAGGAGGAGAAAAGUGAGGAGUGAUGGGGAAGAGAGUGAGGGAGCGACAGGGAGAAGGAGAGAAAGGGGGGAAUAUGAUGACAAUAGAGCAGGUAGUCUUAGGGAAAGCAGUGACUAUGAUGGAGAGCUAAGGAGAAGGGAGAUGAGGAGUGAGGAGGAAAGCGAUGGGAGGGUGGGUGGUGGUAGUAGGAGGAGAGGGGUGAGGAGUGAUGGGAAAGAGAGUGAGAGGGAUGAUGGAGGAGUAGCAGGGAGAAAGAGAGAAAGGGGAGAAUAUGACGACAGUGGAGCGAUAAGUAGUGGUGGAAGCAGUGAUGUUGAUGGAGGGACAAGGAGAAGGGUAAAGAGGAGGAGAGGAAAGCACAGGAGUGAGGUGGAAGAGAGGAGUGGUGAGAGUGAGAGGGAGAGUGGGAGUGAGAAUGAGAGGUGGAGCGAGGUGGAAGAGCGGAGUGGUGAGAGUGUGAGGGAGAGUGAGAGUGGCAGGGUUGAGUGCUUCUUGGCAGGGGACAGCAGGGUGAAUGAGGGCCUACCACUCGCCGCCCUCCACACGCUCUGGGUCAGGGAGCACAACCGGGUGGCGGCCGCCCUCAAGACCCUCAACCCCCACUGGAGCGCCCAGACCACCUAUCAGGAGACACGCAAGAUCAUCGGGGCUAUGCACCAGAUCAUCACAAUGAGGGACUACGUUCCAAAAAUCAUCGGGCGGGCGGCGUUCGAUCGCUACGUCGGACCAUACAGGGGCUACGACGAACGCAUGAACCCAUCGGUGGCUAACGUGUUUGCCACGGCAGCGUUCCGCUUCGGCCACGCCACCAUUCCGAUGGUGAUCCAUCGCCUGAACGAGAGCUUCCAGGAGCACCCUCUCUACCCCUCUCUCCCACUACACCAAGCCUUCUUCUCUCCCUGGAGACUCGUCAGGCAGGGAGGGCUGGACCCUGUGAUCCGUGGCCUGUUGGCCCGGCCCGCGGGCAAGUUGACUCGGGACCACUUAAUGAGCGCGGAACUGACGGAGAGGCUGCUGGUUCUGACCACUCCCCGGGCCCUGGACCUAGCUGCCCUCAACCUCCAGCGCGGACGUGACCACGCCCUGCCAGGGUACAACAAGUGGAGGAACUUCUGUGGGUUUGACAGAGUGCUGGACCUUGGUGAGGUCGUAAAUGACCGGCGGCUGGUUGAAAAGAUUACGUCGCUGUACGGCCACCCUGAUAACGUUGACGUGUGGCUGGGCGGGCUUCUGGAGGAUGUGCUGCCGGGGGCCAGAACUGGACCGCUAUUCGCCUGCCUCAUCGGCAAACAGAUGAGAGCACUUCGGGACGGAGACAGAUUCUGGUGGGAGAAUCCCGGCGUGUUCACACCACAGCAGAGAGCUGAGCUGAUAAAGCACUCCUUGUCACGUGUCAUCUGUGACAACACGGGAGUCGAGGUGGCACCCCCCGAUGCCUUCCGAUUGGCCCGAUACCUACAGGACUUUAACCCCUGCAGCGUCGUGCCAGCGAUGGACCUGGAGUCCUGGAGGGACACAUAGCGUCACCAUGAUGAUAAACGAAUGGCUUUGACAGCAGAGCUAAGGCCACCCCGACACACUUCUUCUGGAUGUCCGAAGCGGUCAACAUCAAGAACCAUCCCCACACUUUCAUUGGUCCGUAGCCUGACAAUGCAGCUACUAAUAAACAGCCUUAAGUAUACAAGAAGUUUUCUGUGUGGCCUCUGCUCUCUGGUUCUACUUUAUGCUAACACAUAUUGCCUGCACUGGUUGUGUUAGCAUGGAAAACAAAAGCUUUUUUUUUUAUUACAUCAAGCUUUAUGUUGGAGCAAAUGUAUGACAUAGCGAACAUGUCUCAGCUGACUGCUUCAAAAUCUGCCUUUUUGUGCAUUUUAAUUAAAAGCUUUUUAUUCACAUUUAGCAGUGACAUACUUUGGUUGCCUAUGUUGGUCGGUCCAUCAUUCGAUUUUAAAUGGUAUGCUUUGUUUUGGU